AUGGCCACGAAUGAAGACUCACCUCCCAUUCCUAAGACGACACUUCAAAAUCUCAAUCACCUAGGCCGUCGACUCUUUUAUGAGGCUUUUGGUUGUGAAACUCGAAUGCAAGAUGCAACCACUCGCUCCGUCCAAAAGGAGCGUUCAACUGCUUUUGCAACCGACCCUGAUUCGCAUGGGCCCGAGGAAGUCGAGGAAAACCUCGAUAUGAACGGGACCUUUGAAGAUUCAAAAAAUUCACCUUGGAACCAAACCAUUAUCCAUAGACUGGCUAAGCAAGCAAGCGCGAUAGCAGCGAAUACUCCAAGUCUGUUGCAAUACGGUACUCCCGAUUGGUGGAGGCGUUGGUUCGAAAGACGGAUCCACACUGUGCUUAGGACAGCCUUCAAGGGGAAGGAAACGCAAGGGGGGGAACCCAACCCAUCUGAUAAUGGCACAAUUUCGGGCAAUAGGCUGGAUAAAUACGAUAGGCGGCUGCUAAUCGCCAUUGAAAUGCAGAUAGAAACUCAGCAGAAGGAGGAACAAGAGGGGGUGGAAUUCUGGUCGUUUGUCCUUCGUUCAGUACGCGAGUUAGACCUGGCUGGCAUCUCCGACGACGAAGACUCGGAGAUUGAGGGACAAAAAGUCAAACUCGUUCAUCAACUCGACUUUCGCCAUCCAGAUUUUCGUCCGCUGUUUGAGAUGGUGGAUCACACAACGCCCGAGAAGCUUUCGCGACAUGGACGACAGCGGCCUCGAGGAGUGCUAAGCCCUCUGGUGACGGAGCGUGAGCCACCAUCUGGCAUCGCUCCUGAACGCUUUAAACCAGAGUAUCUUGCAGCGAUGAGAGCUGGCCAAAAACCACAGAUAAGGCUGGGGCACAGGGAUUACCCCGUGGCACAUUUUGAAUCCUUCAUGAACAGGAAGAGACAAGAGGGGCUAGCGUCUGGGAAUGAACUCAGAAUCUCCGUCAUUCCGGCGGGUCACCACACAAUCAUACACACCGAACCAGCGCCAGUCUUUCGUUCCUUCCUUACACACACACUCUCUCUCGCAGUUACCCUACUUGCAUUGUUUUAUCACAAGUCGUUCCCUCAAAUUUUUUCUGCAUUCCUUGCAUUUAUCACACUUUUCUUAUUAUACCUCCUAUGGUACCGAUACCAAUACGAUUACCGCUGA